CUCGCCUGUUUGUCCACCGACCCAGCUGGGACUCGACGGAUCUUUAAAGCACAGAACGGAAAAGCUCGAAUCCUUCCGUCAGACCUCAGUCAAUUCUAGCCUCGGUCUUCUUUUUUCGGACAUUUCGAAUGAGCUAUAACCCAAGAUGCCUCUAAAUGAUGAGCGACCCACCUCCACAUCCAGCGGUGAGGACCAAGGCAGUGAUGUGGAGUCAUCGUCAGAACGCUGCGACAGCAUGACGUCUACCGGCUACCUGGACUGCUCCCGUGAAAGCUUCACCAGCGACAGCUCCAGCAAGCAUAGCACGCCGUCCUCGAGUCCACCCAAAACCUUAACCAUGGAUGAAGUCAUGGAGUCUGUCAGUGACCUGUCCAAACUCAGCCUCGCCCAUGAGAUCACCGUGAACCGGGACUUCCAUCUAGAGCCAGUCAGUCUACCUCAGGACAGUUUAUGGAAAAUGGUUUCAGACAAUGUCCACAAAGCUUUCUGGGACAUCCUGGCGGCAGAGCUGAACGAUGACCCGCCUGAGUAUGGCCAAGCUAUCAAACUGUUGGAGGAGAUCCGAGAGAUCUUACUGUCUUUCCUCAACCCGGGUGCCAAUCGAAUGAGGACUCAGAUCAUGGAGGUUCUGGACAUAGACAUGAUUCGUAAGCAGGCUGACAACAAUGCUGUGGACAUCCAGGGCCUUGCCUCCUACAUUAUGACCACCAUGGGCAAGAUGUGUGCUCCGGUCAGGGAUGAGGAGAUUAAGAAUCUGCGUGAAAGCACAGAUAACGUUGUGACAUUGUUCAGGCAAAUUUUCCGUGUACUGGACUUGAUGAAGGCGGAUAUGGUCAACUUUAGAAUUGAUAAUCUGCGACCUGUGCUGCAGAGACAGAGUGUUGAAUAUGAGAGGGCGAUGUUCCAGAGCAUCCUGGAAAAAACACCCAAUGCUCUGGACCACACCACCUCCUGGAUUAAGUCCGUAGUGGAGGAGCUGCAGUCUGCCACAGAGCAGAGUCGGGGGAAAGAGCGAUCUGUGCCGGGGCCUUUCCAUAUCCUCAAUGCUGCCUUCCUCCAUAUCCUCAUAUGGGACUACAGUAAAAGUCCACUGCCUGAGACGUGGAUAACAGAUGAAGUACGUUUGCGAGAGAUUCAAUGGAAGCUCCAGCAGUGUCAGGCGGUGAACGAGGUGCUGCUCAUUGUGUACAGCACAAUCGGGGGACCUAUCCAGAGUUUACCCACCCUGUCCGACCGCCUGAAGAGGAUGACCAGUGUGCUGCUGGAUGGCAUGCACAGGCCGGGCUUUAACCUAAAAGAGGCACUAGAGAGCGUCAGUGCUCAGAUCUGCUGUGAGCUCAACAAGUCUCUUUCCGAGAGGAACUACCCUGCGCUGACCCCGGCGUUGCAGGCCACUGUAAAAGGCCAGAUCUGCAGCAUCACGCAGAAGGACAAUCCCAUCCGAACUCUAGUUGAGGAUCGUGUGCAGCAGUACUUUAUGAUGCUCAUCUGCAGUCCUAAACCACAAGCCAAACUUGAACAGGUGCCAGCUGGCUUGACUUCCAUAAAGCCAGAACUCGCAAUGAUGGGAGCGAAGUUCAUCACCCUGGUCAACUAUAACAAGAGUGUCUAUGGACCGUUCUACGCGGAUAUCAUCAGGAAGGUGAUGUUCAGGAGCAGCCCACCAGCAGCCGACUCUCCUCAGAGCACGGCUCAGGACGCCGUCGCCUCAGAUUAAAACAAACAUUGGCUCAAGGAGUUUUGUAGCUACUUGAUAUAGCUGAAGCUAAGGAGGUGCCACAGCUGCACAGUACUACUGCUUUGCUCAGCCGGUCUUCUCCAAUAGUUGGAGUUACCUUCAGUGUAUUACAAAUGUAGUAUUUAUCGCUACAUUGAGCAGUGAAGGCACUGCAGUGUAGGCUCCAUUAGGUCAACAUUUAAUGUGGACCUACAUCCUUUGUGAUCAAUGUUCUAACAUAGGCUUUCCUAUGAGCAUCCACAGCUUAUACCAGACAAUGAUUUAUAUCUGAGCCAGAGAGACCCUGCAUUGUUAGUUUGUCAGUAGACCAUAAACUGUAUAUAAAGAUGGACGAAAUGGCAGCCCCAGACAAAGUAACUACAGUAUAAGUCAUCAACCCUCCCCCCUCCAUGUUAGCAGAUGUGACAUUGACCAAAUUAAAAAGUCUACAUACACGACAAGUUUCUUAGGAUCAAUUUUUCUCUAUUUGGUUCUGGGAAAACAGGCUGAUAUUUAAAGAUGUCGGCUAUGACUGACUCAUGAUUGUUCGAGCAUGUGCAGCAGCGUACUCAAAAUAAUGUCAUUUGUGCAAAAUGGCAGCGUUCGUAUCUGCAGUAUUUUGGUUUCAUAUCUGGUUGGUGAAAGGAUUUGGAGACGUGUCGUCCAUCUUUAUUUACAGUCUAUGCCAUCGUUGAUUUCCUGCUUUGUCAGAGGGAGAAAAGGGCAAAACCUUUGUAUGUCUGAGACACACAAUAAGCUUUAUGCAGCAAAGAUGAAUACAAUUCAAGCAUAUAUAUAUAUAUAUUUAUGGGUAUAUAUCUUAAAAAUUAGCAGAGUAGCGUUUACCUAUUGUAAACUAUGACCGCCAUUAAACGUACCGAUGCAAAUCCUGAAGUAGCCCUUUUUCCAUUGAAUUACAUUUUGAUCGUUCUCCCUUUUUCUUUUUUAACCAGCCACAGAACUAAAUAUUUCUCUGUUGUUGUAAUCCACUGAUAUUAUGCUACAUAAAUAAUUUAGAUCUAGAAAUGGAUAUUUGACUUUUUAAAUAAGCAAUUGUCUGCAUGAGUAGCCUUUUGUUUUGAUUUUGUCAUUUCAGUUUUUGCUUGCCAGUGUUUGUCAAAUGCUUUUCAGUUCUACUCUUUUACUUGCAUUCGAAUGGUGGAAUACAUGUUAUAUUGAUGUAGUUGCAAUUAUUGUUACUUUCUGAGGUACCGUCGUUUUUACAGUAUUGUUAUGUUGGCUGUUGAGGCUGAAUUUGUUUUGAAAGGUGCUGAACUCAAAGUGAUUUUGUGUCCGAAAUUUCCUGCAGACCCAAAUAUGCACAAAGAAAAAAGCAAUUAUGUGCUUGGUAAGUUGUUGUACUUUUCCUCUGUAUCACAGUUAAUAUAAUAAAAAAAGAGACAUUUGAA